AGAGAUAUCAAUCGAAUGCGUAGAAACAAACAGAAGAUACAAUUUCUCCUUGUUGAAGGACAGCUGCCGAAUUGUGCAAGACGGUUAAAACCGAAUCACUAUAUUUGUUGCCUUUGUGGGGAGGUCGACCCGAUAUAUAACAUAAGUCGCCAAGCCGGUUGUUUAACAACUGCAAUGGCGGAUGAACUGCCGAGACUCGUACACUCGGGUUUCCUUAUAGGCACGCUGGAUAUACGAAUUUCUUCGUUGGUUUGGCUCAAUUGGGAUAAUAUGUGUAUCACCUCCGGGUUUACAGACAAUACAGACGAUUAGCCUCGCUUCGUACUAUAUAGAACGGCGAGGGAAUGGUCCUGAACAUUUGAACUUCAGAGUCCUGACGCCGUGAUUCAAGCGUCAAGAUGAAGACCUCGAUCGCUGUAUCGGCGCUAGUUCUAGCUUGCCAGACACUGGCUCAAACGCCAACCGGCUUCACGCCAAGCGUUGCUGCCCACCUGGAUGUUAUCUUUGGCUCCAAGGUUGUGAACCCCCCAGGAACGCCACUGAGCAAGUCGGACACGUCUCGGCAGCCAACCAUCGGCACGACUAUCCAGCUGAAUGGGACAUACUACAUUUGGAUGAUGAUUGAUCUCGACGCCUCAACGAACUUUGCGAAUCCAAAGGCCGGCCAGCCUGCAACCUAUCUACAUACCGUGCUUCGCGAUUUGAAGCCAUCGAGCCAGAAGACAGCCAGUGGUGUGUACGUCCUCAGUACGACCGCGACAGGGCCUGUAUCAUGGUUUGCGCCGGCGCCCCCAGCGGAGUCACCCCCACAUCCUCAUCGCUAUACCAACUUGCUUUGGGAGCAGCCAGCUAAUUGGGUCAUCUCGCAAGAUGCGAACAACCAAUUACAAAACAAGAGAAGUGGGUUUAAUGUUACGGACUUCCAGAGAGCGGCCGGACUCAAGGACCCUGUCUUUGCGAACUACUUCAACGUUACUGGCUGAGGGCAUGACUGCUUUGAGGCGUAGAUACAAAUGUCUAUUACUACAUAGUAUAAACAAGCCGCUUGUCACAAU